AUGUCUUUGGACUUGUGGGCCUCGUUUUCCCGUGAGGCCGAGGAAAAGGCUCCUAAAAGGUUGGAGGAUGAAGCUGCAUCUCACUCUGUUUCCACCGGUAACUUCAAGCGUGGUCGUAGGUCAAGGCAAGAAAACAUCUCCUCCCAGGAAUCAGUUAGUCAAGCGGGAGUGGGCCCACAUGGUUCUGAUCAUGAUUAUGUGGGUUCUGUGUUGGAGUUUGCGGAUCUGGAAAUCAACCCUGAUACAUUCUUUGAAGUGGUCAAGGACGCAGCGUGCUCCCUUCCCAUUAGGAAUGCUCACUUUGGACCACGGGAAGACCCCAAGAUCACUUCAGCUCGAUUCGACACUAGGCAGAGCAAAGUGUUCCUGUCCUUAGCAGCCGGGCAAAAGAAACUGGUUGACAAGCUGUGGUCGCGGAAUCCUGAACGUUUCUCCUUAUACCAUGCAUCCACUUUGGCUCAUUACAAAAUCACGGAGGAACAUUAUAGAAAGUACAUGAUGCCUUCCCAGCUCGACCCCUUGUUGGCUCAUGAGCUCGGACGAGUGGUUCCUGGUUUCGACAUCCACGCUCCCAAACUCCCUGAUAAGUCGUUGAAUAUGGCAGAUCGCCGCUUUAUGAGCAUUGAGGAGGCCCAUGAUGGUAUGGCUUGUGCGGUGUCACAGUUGGAGGAACUCCUUCAGAACACUCUUGAUCAUCAGAGUUUGAAUGUUUUGAAGGGCCUGGUCGAUAUUGGGUCUGCAUCUCGGUCUUUGAGUGCAGCACAGGAAACCACUCUUGACAUGCUGGACCUUCAAGUGAGGGAAGCUACUAACGCUAAAUUAGCCAGGAACUACCUGUACAUGUGGCUGCAGCAAACCUGCUGAGAUGACAAUACUAAGUCAAAGCUCAGGAAAGCUCCAAAAGACUGGGGAUGGCAACCUGUGUGGGGGCAACUUGAAGGAGGUUUUAGAAGAGUUCAAACUGGUGGAGAGCCAGCUCAUACAUACCAAUGACAAAGGUUUCUCGUCCUCCAAAUCACAAUAGGAUGAGGCGGGCCCUUCCAGUUCUUUCAGUCAAUCCUGUGGGGGUCAAAUCUCAUCACAGGUGGAUAUGUGGCACCUCUUGACAAACGACCAAUGGGUUCUCGACAUUGUAGAAUUUGGUCACCUUUUGGAGUUCCAAGAUAAGCCUCAUUUCAAUGGCAUCAGGAGCACACCAGUAGGCCCAAAGUUUUCAGUAAGAUCCUCUGUUUUGUAUGACGAGGUCAACGCCUUGUUUAACGAGAAUGCCAUCAAGCUUGUUCCUUGGACCAGUCAAAAUGAAGGGCUUUACUCAACGUUCUUUCUAGUGGCAAAGAAACCUUCAAAUUUGCGUUUGAUUCUAAACCUAAAGCCGUUGAACCGUUGCAUUAAAAGGAGAAGUUUAAAAUGGAGUCCCUCCGUUUGAUAAAGAAGGCAGUAAAACCAGAGGAUUGGCUUUGUUCAAUAGACUUACAAGAUGCUUAUAUGCACAUCCCAGUCAGGGAAUGCCACAGAAAGUUUUUGCGGUUCAAGGUCAGAGGAAGUGUAUUCUAAUUUCGGAUUCUUCCCUUCGGCCUGAAGUCAGCUCCGAGGGUUUUCACCAAAGUUCUGGCUCCGGUUGUAGCCAAAGCACGAAUGGAAGGGGCCCAUGUGUUCCCUUAUUUAGAUGAUUUGUUAAUACAUGCUCCGAGCAAAGUUUUACCUCAAGGAGUGAACUCGUUGCUUGUUCUGUUAGAAAGUUGCGGUUUCCUAAUCAACAGGGGGAAGUCCAGUUUGACUCUCAGUCAGAACCUUGUUUACAUAGGUGGUCACUUCAAGACCAACCUCAAUGUAGUUUGUCUUCCUCCGGGAGGAAGAUAGAACUGUUACAGUUUGUACAAAAGUUCAUGACUCAGCAUCAGGCUACAGCAGAGGAGUUUCUACGACUUCUCGGGAUGAUGGCAGCCUGUAUAGAAGUAGUUUGGCUGUCUAGACUUCACUUAGAAAACACUUAUUUUUCAGAGCAGUCCCAUGACAUAGGAUUUGUGCAGAGUCUGUCAAGUGGCGCCCGUGUAUGGAACUCUUUCCACGCCCAAUUUUUACUUACAUCGUCUUAAGGCGAAACUUGUCAGAUAUGUUAGACCUAUUACAAGUACAAAAACGACAGCAACCAAAGUUAACGCCGCCAUUCUUGCAACCGUGCCGCCAACUCCAAUAUGUUCCAACGAUCACGGGGGGGGGGCACUGGCGCAGACGACAAACAAUAUGACGCCUCUGCCUUUUCCCGGAAAAUGUUUUCCACUGUCCUGUCCUGACGGCGAUUCUUCAAUAAUCCAUACACUUGGGCUUUUUCUUGAAAAUGUCAAGCAUAUGCACAGGAGACUGGGUUUCAGAUGUGGCGCAGACUGUUGUGAUAGUCUCAGAACCAGCCGCUGUUGUGAAAAGUUGACGUCUCUCAAGAUACUGACUAACGAUUGGGAUGGUUCCACGGCCAAACUGCGCAGACCCAGUUGCUGAGAGACCUCUUACAUAGCCCAACUGACGACACACGACAUGAG